CCUGCAGGGCCGAAGAAUUAUAGCAGGGGAGUGGGUGCAACAAUAAAGUGACGAGCAGUAACAACAUCACAAGGAGGGAGGACAAGGAAGCCGUGUAUCAAGACCAGUAAAACAGAAAAGUAAGCAAUAGAUACACGCAGGUCGCCCCGCUUACAUGAUGGCCGAAGUGGAUCCAGACUGGGCGCCGUCCUUGCACCUCAGGCACGGGAAGAAGGAAAGCAGUGAGAAAUCAGUGGCUCGGUACAGGAGAAAGCUGAACUGUUCGAUGAGGGCAUCAAAUCCUCUCACAGACAUCCAAAUGGCCACAUCUGACACAGAUGAUGACGCUGAACAACCCACGAUCGGCGGCACACCUUCUGAAGAACAGAAUAUUCAGCAUGAGAAGCCUCCCAUCAAAUUCUGUGCUCGUUCAGACGUGGCAGAAUUCUCGCAAAACACCGACUUGACAAUGGCUGACAUUGCUCUGAUGGAAGAGGAGAACAAACAUCUUUCGAAACUUGUUGACGCUAAGGACGCAUUCGGCACACAUUUGCUGACUGAAGAUGUGUUAAGGCAGAAGGAGGACAUGCUCCAGUUUUAUACAGGCCUGCCAAGCUUCCCAAUUUCGUACGUGCUUUUCGAGCUGCUGAAGGGAAGUGUGUCGCACAAUAGCCGAAACUGUCUGACGCAGUUCCAGGAGAUGCUGAUUUUCCUGAUGCGCCUGCGUCUCAACCUACCUCUUCAAGAUCUAGCCUACAGGUGACAAAGAUUUUCUGGUUUCCGUUUGUUACGGUGACUAACAACUCAUUUAUUUCUUUGCAGAUUUCAUGUGUCACAGUCAACAAUAUCAAGAAUUGUGAAAAAGUGGUUGGAUACAGCUUUUGUUCGCCUUUUCCUGGCCGUGAAAUGGCCGGAUCGCCACUCUUUGAGAUCUACAAUGCGAAUGGCAUUCAAAAAAUCAUUUGGUACACAAGUAGCUGUAAUUAUUCACUGCUUUGAAGUGUUUAUCGAGCGGUCAACAUCCAUGCUGCCGCGGUCACAGACAUGGUCUACGUAUAAGCACAAUAAAAUGAAAUUUUUUAUAGGUAUCGCUCCGCAAGGUGUGGUCACCUUUAUUUCACGAGGAUGGUGUGGACGCACUAGCGAUAAGGUGAUUGCUGAAGA